AAAGAACAGAGACACCGUUCUACCCAAAAACACAAAAACGAACAGAGACACCAUCAAGCGAGAGACAUUUUCUCUGUUUCUAACUGCAGCCUUCAAAGCUUUUGGUCAUGGCGGCGGCAUCAACAGCUUUAGCCUCGACCAGAACGCUAAUCUCUUUACGAAACCAAUCUCCCUCGCUAUGUAUUCCUUCACGUCAAAAUCUGGCGAUCCCCAUCACCUGUUCGAUGAAAAGCCCCUUCAAACACCUAUCUACAUCUUCGUCAAAGUCUCCUAUUAUCCCUCUCUCCGCCACCACGACUAGUUCUCCCAUCACAUCUCCUACAACCGAUGCCAACUUUCAUGGCCUCUGCUACGUGGUGGGCGACAACAUCGACACCGACCAAAUCAUCCCCGCCGAGUACCUCACCCUUGUCCCUUCCAAACCUGAUGAAUACCGCAAGCUCGGCUCUUAUGCCCUCAUUGGCCUUCCCUCUACAUACCCAGUUCGCUUCGUGGAGCCUGGGGAGUUCCAGUCUAAGUACUCUAUUGUCAUCGCUGGUGACAAUUUUGGUUGUGGAUCGUCACGGGAGCACGCCCCUGUAGCGCUUGGGGCCUCUGGGGUAAAGGCUGUUGUGGCAGAGUCAUACGCGAGGAUAUUCUUUAGGAAUUCGGUUGCUACAGGGGAGAUUUAUCCAUUGGAAUCAGAGGUUAGGUUGUGUGAGGAAUGUUCAACUGGAGAUGUUGUUACGGUUGAGCUUGCUGAGUGCCGGUUUAUUAAUCACACGACCGGGAAGGAGUACAAGCUGAAGCAUAUUGGAGAUGCUGGACCUGUCAUUGAAGCUGGAGGGAUUUUUGCUUAUGCAAGGAAGACUGGGAUGAUCCCAUCCGCCUGAUUUCGACCUGAAAUCUGGUACAGUUUCUUAUGUUUUGCGAU